AUGGUCAUGCCAUACCUUCGUCCCUUUGAUGAUCCUGAGUUCGGUGCCAUUGGGGAAGUUACCGAGUUCGUUCGGCAGACGUUAGAGGGUUUGACCUUUCUCCACAGCCAACGCGUCGCACAUCGGGACUGUGAUGCCGCUAACAUUAUGAUGGACGGUUCUCUGUUGUAUCCGCAGGGUCACCAUCCUCAGCGCAUGGAGAGUAGUCCAAAUGGCAUCUUUCUACUCUCUCCAUUGUCUCGCAUCGAUCAUCCUGUGCGAUAUUAUUUUAUAGAUUUCGGCAUUUCCACUCUGUUCGAGGAUGGCGAAUCACCUUACGUUGUCGGGCGGGAGGGACGGGACAAGGAGCUUCCCGAGCUAUCGGAUGACGUUCCGUACAACGCGUAUAAGGUAGACAUCUUCAUCCUAGGCAAUUUGUUCAAAGUGGACUUCUUGCAGAAAUAUUACGGCCUUGAGUUUCUUGACCCGCUGGUAAAAGCAAUGACGGCACGUGAUCCGGCUCAUCGUCCUGACGCAGAGGUCGCUUUGUCAAUAUACCACGAUAUUCGUCGCAGGCUGAAUCCUCCCCUUUUACGCUGGCGCCUUCGCCCGCGGGACGAGUCAGCACCGGAGCGUAUCAUCUAUGACUCUGUCGCCGUUGCCCGGGAAGGGAUAUACCGCCUUAGACAUAUCGUCGGUUAG